ACGAGACCCAGCAGAGACCGGCGCGGAGCGGAGCCGAAUCGAAUCCCUCCACUCCGCCGGAAGAGGCUCCAUGGGACUGAGAUCCCUGCUCCUGCUGCUCCACAUUGCCGCCGCCGCCCUGCGGUCCGAUGCGGCCGCCUUCGCCUCGCCCAGCACAGGUGUGGGCAGCAUCGUGAAGCAGCUCUCGUCAGUGGUCAAGUGGCCGCGGGGCGCCGCCGCCCCGCACGGGGGGCCCAAGCAGCCCGCCCACGCCCAGUACGCCGAUGGGCAUGUGGGUGUAGCGCUGCAGUUUGAGAGCGGCUACUUUGUCGAGACGCUCGUUGAGGGUGACAAGCUUGGUGUCACACCGCACACCAUCAGGGUGUCUCCUGUUGAGGGCGGGGAGCUACUUGCGGUAGACUCCGCACACAGCAACAUUGUGCGAAUAACUCCGCCGCUGUCUGAGUAUAGCAGGGGAAGACUUGUUGCUGGUUCUUUCCAGGGGCAUUCUGGUCACAUAGAUGGUAAACCGAGUGAUGCCCGAUUCAAGCGCCCCACAGGCGUUGCUGUUGAUGAUAUGGGAAAUGUCUAUGUUGCUGACACUGCAAAUUUGGCGAUUCGAAAGAUUGGGGAAUCAGGAGUGACCACCAUUGCUGGUGGAAAAUCAAAUAUCCCAGGCUAUAGGGAUGGUCCCAGUGAAGAUGCAAAGUUCUCUACUGAUUUUGAUGUGGUGUAUGUGAAGAAAAUGUGCUCUCUUCUGGUUAUUGACCGCGGAAAUGCAGCCCUUAGGAAAAUUGCCCUUCCGCAAGAAGAUUGCACUUAUCAGGAUUCCUCGCUCCUAUCUUCAGAUAUCAUAUUGGUAAUUGGUGCUGUUUUGGCCGGAUAUAUCUUUUCUGGUUUACAACAUGGGUUUGGAUUUUCAAGCUCCGAAAAGGUAGAGGCACCUGAAACCGAGCAACACGAGAGCAGCACAAUUGGGAAGCCACCUCUGGUUGUGGAGAGCCUGAAAGAGGAACCAGGAGCUGGAUGGCCAUCCUUUGGGACACUUAUUUCUGAUCUCUUGAAACUUGCUAUUGAAGGAGUGGGCAAGCUACUUCUCAGCGUCGUCCCGCAACGGCUUCAACAUGGGAAGAGGAACCUCACUCCACUCAAAGACAGGCUCGUGAUGCCUGAGGACAGAGAGAAGACGGCAAUAGCGCAGAAGCUCAGCAGCACGCCAAUGAGGCCCGAGAUGCUCCACGCUCCUAACGCUGCAAGUGAGGUGGCACCGAAGGCCCAGAAGAGCAUCAAGCCAUCCAAAUUCAGGGACUCGACCCUGUCAAGCAAGCACAGGUCCUCCAAGAGGCAGGAAUACGCUGACUUCUACGGCACAUCCGAGUCCGCCGUGAGCGCCAAGGUCCCAAAGGACCGGCUCCGCCACCGCCACAGGGAGAAGAGUGGGGAGGUCGCCUAUGGGACCGUGCACUCGGAGCUGAAGCCCGCCGAGGCAAAGCCCACGGAAUACAACGACCCCAAGUACGAUCACUACGUCAGGAGCAAGUACACCGCCGAGAGCGGGUACAGGUACUGAACUACUGACGCCGGCCUCCUCAUCAUCCGCACGACGGAAUCUUUUCGCCAGUGUCUAUCUGGCAAUGUUGUAUUGUGAAACCUCCACAAGUGCAAAGCGAAGCACAAAGCUAGCUGCUGCUGCUGCUUAUGGUGGGUGGUGGCCCAUGAGAUUUGGCAACGGGCAAGUAGUCUCCUAGUUAGGUGGGUGGGAACCUAUGCCGACUGGCAUCCGGUUUCGGGAUGCCCAGGUGUGAUCUUAGCAGAGAGUGACAUGUAGCCUAGCAGUAGUUUUGAUCGGCCGUUGUAUCAUGGUAUCCAUCCAUCCAUGCCCGCUAUCGGGUUGCUGUUACCUGAGCUCGUGCCCUGGAGCACGUGUCGGUGCCCGACCCGACUGGAGGCGACGACUCGUGACAACAGGUAAAGUAACCUCUUGCCGUUGCCGAAUCAGUGAAUCACAGGUGACGUGCUGCUGUUAUCACA